AUGCGUCAACGCCUGCUCUGCUUGACUCCGGCAGAGGCUGAGGUGCAGUUCUUGAGUCUGGUUUUCACAAACCUACCCGAAAGACAGAGAUUUUACUACAACGCAAAGGACGUCUUCUACAGGCCAGUCCAAGUGGGCAUCGGCGCUCAGGGUGUGGUGAUUUUGACGCCUGAAUUGUCGCUACUAGAGGAGUGA